AUGUCCGGAGUCCAGGCUGAUGGGCCGCAAAGGGAAGACCCAGCAGGCCCAGCGUUGGCCGAUCUCGAACAUAUCAAAGCUGCUGCACGGCUACUGGAGAUGGUGCUUCGAAAACCAGUGCUGAAACACUACAGUUGCGGGCUUUCAGCUUGGCGGUGUUGGGUGGUGCGACAGGAGUGUAUUUCUGCCACCUCUGCCGUGCGCACGCUAAAACGUACAGCCAAAAACGAAGAGGUGCCAGCGCAAGCGUUGGCACUCACGCGCAUCGUGGAGGUCCUACGCGCCAAGAUUGCCAUUCAAUCCACCCGAGUGCUUGAGUGCUGGCGUGUGAAGACGGUCAUGCUAGCAUCCUGGGAACGGAGCCAAGAGAUCUUCGCCAAUGAGUUGCAGGUGCUGAGAGCGGAGGACGAGGACGUCUCCAAAAACCUUAUGGUUUGGGCGGAGACCGCCGCAGUUCGAGCGAGGACCUGCGCUUUGCUGGGUGGCUUUGCGCUGCUGAAGCGACUUGGGAGCCUCCGGGUUGGGGGCGCCCUGCAACACUGGAAGGCCUUGAGUGCACUUCGGCAGCGCAAGGAUCCUGGCCUCAGGAACCUUGCACGGAGCCUAGACCAUGUGGUGCGCACGCGGUUGGCUUUGGCUUGGGCAAGGUGGCAAGGCUGGAAUCAGAUCAGGCUGUCACAGUGGUGCCACGAGCAGGUUCAGCCAGAGGUGGAGCACCUGCACGGCACGCCAAGCUCGGUUAGUCGCCGACGUGGCGCGCAGUCGCCCGCAGCGGGUGGGCGAUCGCGGGUGGCGGCGCGUGCGGAGGACUUGUUGCGCUUGAAGGUCAGGUUGGCAUGGCGAGCUGACUUUGUCCAGCGCUGUGGCCUUCUAAAGAAUGAGGCUGAUCGAAAGCGGCCAACGGCAGAGGAGGUCUGGAUGCUUCGCUUGGACAGGGGUGCGGCUUGCCUUUUGGAGUACACGCUGGCCUCUGCUUAUCGAGCGCAGCUGCGCUAUGCCUUCAACGCCAUGCUUGCUUGGGCAACUGAGAUGCCUUCAAGGUACUGGACUUUGAUGUGCUGCGCACGUCCUUGGGCGGGCCUUCAACAGCUUGCGGCCAAUGCAAAGCGGAUUAGCACUCCGGCAGAAAAAAGCAAGCCUGUGCCCGGUGCUGUGCAUGUCCUGUCUUUGCGCGACACCUGUCCGGACCAGGUGAGCUCAGAUGAGGUGGCCAGCUAUGGCCAGCUGAUCCAGCUGAUCCUGCUCGAUCGCUUUUGGCUCAGACCCCGUCAAAGCUCACCGGGUCGCGCCAUGGCGGAUGGCAUGCUGCGGUCUCCCACCUUUCUGGUUGGAGCAGAGAGGCAGCGCAAGAAUCUGGACGAGUUCAAGCGGAGGGAACAGCAACUGGCGGAAGCCUAUCACAAGAAGCCUGGAUGGAGCUGGUCUUCGGACUUCUUGGUGUUUGAGUUUGCCCUUUUGGGUUCUUGGGGUUUCUCUGAGGAUGCAGAUGCAUGUCUAACAGUGCCUUUGAUUCUGGGCGUGGCGGAUGGCGUCUCACAGAUUGAGGACUUUGGCAUCGAUGCCUCGGUGCUGCCCAACGAGCUGCUGAACGUGGUGGAGCAGUUGGGCAUGCACCAACUCCUCCCCAAUGUGAGCCUCUCAGCGGGCGACACCUACCGCGGCCCCGUGUCCAUGCUGCGGAGAGCCUUUGAGGCUACGGAAUCCCUGGGCUCUCUGACGGUGGUGCUGGCCAUCAUGGACAACUCCACGCGGAUCCAUGGAAAGCUUCAUCCGAUGAUCGCCAUCAUCACAGUGGGUGACUGCGAGUUGUUAGUGCUGCGAAGGCUUGCAGGGCCUCGCUCGCGGCUGGAGCUGGUCUGCCACACGGAGAUGCAGAGGAUCGAUGGACAUGCGCAAACUCCCUUGCAGCUGGCCAGGGUCGAUGAUCGAAUUGAUCCAAACUUCCAUGAAGAGUUGACCAUCGAGGUCAUCGAAAAGGGUAGUGCUGUCCAUUGCGUGUCUGCUUAUGAAGGUGACAUCGUUAUUAUGGGCAGUGACGGUGUUUUCGACAAUCUCUUUUUAGAUGAAAUCUUGGACCUGGCCAAUGGCCUUUUGGGCGUGAGCCCCUCACAGGUGCAGCUGCGCAUGUUGGCGCAGCGCAUCGUCGAGCAGUGCCACGCCAAGACACGGCCGCUGCCCAACGGCGCGUUGCCCGAGGCGCCCAUUGGCCGUGGCGGCAAGAAGGAUGACACGAGUUGUGUGGUGGCCGAAGUGGUUGAAUGGACGGAGGAGCUGCAGAAGCUUUGGGCUCCAGAGGCGCCCGAGAAGACCUGGAACUCCUUUGGCUUUAAGCCUAGCUUGGCCAGCAGCAUCCUAAACCUCAACAGCUGCUGUGUGGCAGCCUCCGAGUCUGACGAUGACGAGUACGACAUGUUGAAGCCGACGUAUCACCCCAACGUGCCUGCGCAGGGCCCCACGCAGCAGCCCAGGGAACCACAUCCAGAUGCCCUCGCGCGGCCGCCGAGCCCCGCCCGGCCGCGGGCAAGGAUGCCGGUCCAUGGUUUCGGGGGUCAUGGAGGUGAGCCACCUCAAAUGCCGCUGCAUCCGAGCCGGCCGGGCAUGCAACCGGUGCAAUUUCAGCCAUUCCAGGGACAUGUGGCGCAAGGAGGGUUCCAAGCCUAUGGAAGUCAUAUGGGCCAAGUGAGCCACGGCAUGGCAUGCCCUCAAAGCUAUAGCACUUUACCAUCUUUCCCGGCUGGUGCCACAAGCUGGGGCCGCUGA